CUUUCGGUGAUGCUCACGGCGCAUCGGCGGAAGGCGGUCAUCGUCCAGCAAAUGGCGGACUUUGUUCCGGUCAUGGAGCCGCCGGACGAUGUGCACUGGUGGGAAGCCCGUGCGCGCGUCGUGCAAGAGUGGUUGCGCGCCAACCCCUUGCGCAUCGGUCUUCCGGACGACGGGACCAUCGAGACCAUUACGCAGCAGCUCACGCGCGGCGACAAGUACAUUCAUGUUCGCGUCAAGGCGUGGAACCACAUUGUCACGGAGCUGCAAGGGAUUCCGGGCGUCUGUGAGAAAUUUGCCACAUUCGAGACCAGCCCCGAGCUGCCGAUGGCCACUGUGGUCGUCGAUGACGAGGAUGAAGACGAGCAAGCUAGCCAUACAUCGUCGCCGCUGAGCGAUACGACUACGGACGAGCCGGCGCCGAUCGACGGCGUCGUGCCACUGCACCCAGCGAGUCCCUUUCGUGGCAAGCUGCAUCCGACCAAAGCCAAGUCGUUGCACGAACCCGCCAAGGACGACGUGUCCGUCCUCGCACCUGCAACCAAUCAAACCGACAAGGCCGACGCACCCCGAAAGUCGAUAGCGCAAAUGUCCAUGAUGGAGCGCCAAGAAGAGUGGCUGCGCAAAAAAGCGGAAAAGGCAGCCGCCGAGAAGCAGCGCCAAUUGGACGAAGCCGAGAAAGAGCUCACGUUUCAGCCGAGCUUGGUCAAGAAACCAAAAGCACCGGACACGGACGGCGCCAACUCGCCUCGGAAACUCCAGCGCGCCAAGUCGGCCGGGCGCGCCAGAAAAUCCUCGGCGCUCUCCAAAGACAAGUCGAUCGUGUUGCUCAAACCAGGUGCCAAGUCGGCCACGUCUAAAUCGCUCUUGGACUCGGUCAAGUCGGAGCUUGCCGCGUCGACGUCGAUGCUGGUAAAGACAGGAGCCACGACAGCCACAACCAGUACCAAGCUGGACGUCGCGGCGGUGACCGAGCGCACGGACGCCACGAUUGCCUAUGUGGCCGCCGCCCUCGACACGAUCAACAAAACGACACUCGCACCGUCGAUUGGCGUUGUCAAAGACGCGCCCAAGAGCAAUGUCGACGUUCGCGUGUCACAGUUUGACGCCGAGUCGAGCGACGUCAAAGGCCGGUUUCAGCUCCAGGACCCAGCGUUGUUUGAUUUAACGUCCAUUUACCGCAAAAAAGACAAGUACGCGCGCGUCGAUGGCGUGUGCUUGCAGAUGGGCCGGCGCGACGACACGCACGAAGAGCAGUUGAUCGCGGUCCUCUUUGACCGCGACAAGUUUACGACGGAAGCGACGGCGCAAACAUGGUUUAAUGACCACAAGGCGCGUCUACAGUCGUACAUGUGAUUUACAACGUAUUUAAUCGAAUACAAAACACUACACUACUAUGAAAGACGACA